AAUGCACUGAGAACUGUAAACAGGAAGUGUUUCGCGCCGGCUGUGUAUGGUGCAACUGCUGCAGUUUGUACAGAUAGAGAUGCCUGUGGUUUGCGAUUUAAUUUGUAUUUUAACUUAAACAUAACAUAGUAUAACAUUAUACAAUACUAUUUGUUGUCAUUUUAACUCAGUAUGGUAUAUUAUGGAGUCCGUAAAAUGAAGAGUAAUCGACGUAACGGCGUGGUUACCAAUGGAAACAGGAGACGCCUAAUCAGAUUUAGCUAGCGUUAGCUAACUAGCUUUAGUCAAAUCUACGAUAACAGCAGGGAUUGAAUAUGGCGACUAAAUCGAGGGGAAAAUCAUCGCGGAGUUCGUUUGAGGAUGGAGAUAUACUUGACAGCUUAUUUGAUGAUAAAAAACCUUCAGUGAAGGGAAAAUCAACACGUAGUGGACCACUGAAUCGCUCAUCUGCCACUGAUAACAUCUUCAGUAUGCUAGCGGAGGAGGUAAAGAAAGAUAAUGGGGACACUGAGGACUCAGAUGUCUCAGCAGCUGAUCCUAAUGAUAUAUUGAAAACCAUGAAGGACAUGGAUGACAUGGAUGCUGACCUUUUUUCAUCAAAGAAAAAGCCAAGUUCAGCUCCUGCACAAACAAAGCGGUUCGAUAAUGAAGGGCCAAAGAAAGACUCUGCUGCAUUAGAAAGUAAUGAGAAACCAGAGAGAGCAGAUGAACCCAUAAUAGGAGUGAAGAAGCCAAACUCUGCACCUUCAUCUACAGGACGUAACUACAAAAAGUUCUCAUUCUCUGAUACUGGUGAUAAUGGUGAUGAAGGUCGUGGUCAGACAACCUACACAAAAGUUGCAGAUGCAGAUGACCCCCUGGGUGACUUUCUGGAUGACUUACUUCCAGAAGAAACUAAGUCAGAAUCUAAAGCUAACAAGCAGCAAGCCAAACCUCAGAAACCUGUGUCAUCUCCUUCUGCCUCACCGAUCCCAAAAACUAAGGCAGCAACAACAGCAAAGAAACAGGGUGACCUUAUAUUUGACGAUGAGAAGGACGACCUAAUGGAUGCACUCGGAUUCGACAGCGAUAAAGGCAAUGAUAAGAGAAAAGAGACACUGCUUUGGUCCAACAAGGAAAGAAGUGACGCCCCACAGAGAGUUCGUACAAGGCUAGAUGAGAUUCUGGAAAGUCUGACCUCUCCUCGUCUUCUGGAGCGACCACCAACAGGAGAAAGAAAAGAGCAGCCUCAAGCUCAAGAGAAGCAGCAACACGAGAAACAUGCCGGUGUCAAAGAGACGCCUUUAGAAGAUGACCUGACGUUUGGAUCCUAUCAGCCCACUUUAGGAUCAACGCCUGAAGGACGCCAGUCCCGCAGACAGUCUGUCAGAUUUUCUACUGAGGAUGUGAGUGCCUCUGCUGUGGAGAAGAAACCAAAACCCACUCUCCGACACCGGAACUCAGCCGACUGGUUAGGCCUGAAGGCAGACGAUGAACAUACCUAUGAAGAGGAUGACGCCAAAGAGACAAAGUCAUCACCAGAGUCUCCAAAGCCAUCUCCAUCAGAGAGAAGACCCUCUCUAGUUGCUGCUCCAAAAACAACAGCAGGUGACACCCCAGCCCCAACGGAUGAACCCCCCAAACAAAGCAAGCCCACCGAGGUCUCCAAAAGCCAGAAAAAAGAGGAGGAAGAGGAUGACUGGUUAUCUGGAGCACUGAGCAGGAAGAAAGCUCUGUCAGCGUCAAACCCCGAGGCAAAAACAAAAAUGUCAAAGCAGGAGGAGUCCCUAGACCUCAGGGAAGAAGUUGAUCUGGAGUCAUUUGUAGGGAAACAAGUCGCUUCACAAGCUCCUAGGAUCAGAGAGGACACGCCCCCAUUUGUCAAGGAAACAAGCACCACUUUUCUGGGACAGCCAAGCUCUACUGCUCACCCCACCCCUAUUAGAGAGGAGAAGACUAAGCAAGUUCCCAUUCCCACUUGUUCCUCCUCUCCACUGCAGACCCCUUACAUAGUUACCACUACCACACCCAGAUCCUCCUCACCAAAUGCACUCCACAAAAAACUAGAUUUUGAACAAACUGUUAGUCCUCCUCAACCCACUGGUUUUCCCAUUCAAGUCACUGGUCCCUUUCCAGUCUCUGCUUCUAGCAUUAGCCACCCUGAAUCCCGAUCCCAGUCCCACCGUGUACCAUCCAAUAGGGGAUCCAGGGAACUAGGAGAGCCCCGUCACGCCUCAGAUGAAACUCAGCAAGAUCUGCCAAAUAAUAUGCCUACAAUACCGCCUGGCUCAGUGUGGUUUCCACAAAGAAACCAAAUCCAAAAUACACCAGCUACUGUCCCACAACAGGUGACAUUAUCAGCAGACGGUCUGCAGCAGCUGUUGGUACAACAGCAGAUGAUGCAGUCUCAGUUGCUGGGUUUGGGUGGUGGGAUUGUGGAUGCGGGGGUUCUGCAGAGACUCACAGACAAAGAGCAGCAACCUGGAGAUCAUCAAGCUUUACAGGCUCGCAUCAUCCAGCUGGAAGGACAGGUGAAGACUCUGCAGUUGGAACGAGACCAUAACCAAAUGUUGCUGGAUAGCGUUCAACAGCGACACAAACAGGAUAUGGAACUCACGGAGAACGCACACAAGGCUCGUGUAAGGCUGCUUGAGGAAUCGGCAGCCCAAAGGGAAAUGCGAGCGCGGCAGGAGUGUGAAGACCUAAUGGAAAGGCUGGCUGUGGCAACACGACUGGCUGAGCAGGAACGUUCAGAGCUGCAGGCUCAGUACCAACGUAAACUGGCCCAGGCUCAGCAGGACAGAGACCGUGAGGUGGAGCGACUCCGAGAUCUUCAGAGGAAAUCAAUCCUAGAGAUGAAGAAGGACCAUGAGGACCAGAUCCAGAGACUAAAGAAGUUAAAGGAUGAGGAGAUUGAUGCUGUCACAAGUGCAACGUCUCAGACCAGGUCACUUACAGUGGUGAUUGAGCAGAUGGAGCAGUUCUCCUCUCGGCUUGGAGAGCUUUCUUCUCGGGUGGAGAGCACACAUGAGCACACAGCCCACGGCCUGGAGCAGGGGGCACGGCACAGAGAUGAGCAGCUUCGAAUAAUGCAGGACCGUCUGGCACAGCAGCAGAAGGCUAUGGCAGAGGAGAGAACUUACCUCAAGGAAAUCAUUUCUAGGAUGGACACACAGCUCAACGAGCAGCAGAGACAGCUUGAGAAGGAGCGGUGGAAGAUGACAGCAGAGCAGGCCAAGGCAGAGUCUACGCAAAGAGGCCUCGAGGAGGAGCGACGCUCCCUUAGCAUGCAGAUGAGCAUGGAGAGAGAGGAGCUGGAGAGAGCCAAGAGCACAUUAUUAGAAGAACAGAAGUCAGUGAUGCAGCAUUGUGCAGAGGAGAGGAGGAAGCUCGCGGCUGAGUGGGCCCACUUCCACACUCAGGAGAAGCAGAGGCACGACAGAGCUGAACGGGAGGUCAGCAGCCUCUUGGAGAAGAGAGAGGGCUCCAUCAUCAGCCUGGCACAGGACCAAGCCGACCUGAAACUUCGUGCUGCGGAGCUGAAACAAAAGGAGGCGUCUGUGGUGCAGGAGCGAGAGAUUCUGGAAAGACUGAGAGAGGAAGUGGAGAGAGAGAAGGAAAGAAUAAGUAGUACGGCUCUGAGACUAAAGACAAGGGCUCAGGAGGUGGAGGCCUUUAGUAAGCUCGCUGCAGAUAAAUAUGAGGAAGGAGAGCGAGCGUUGCAGGAGGCAAAACGUGUGGAGGCUGAGCACGAAACAAGGCUCAGAAAUAUCCACACCCAAACAGAGAGGCUGAGACAACAAGAACAACGAAUCCUACAGGAACGAAUGCGGCAAAAUCACCUACAGAAGGAGAUGGAGAGACUGAGACCAGACCCUCAUCCCAUUAUCAGCCCUUUACCACUAAUUAUUCCUCCUGUUCCACCAGAAUCAACUUCAGUUUUGCCAAACCCAGAGCUGUCAUCAACCUUGAAUAUUCUCCCCACAAAUUCAUUUACCAGCCCUCAGUCGAUGGCAUUACAAGCAAGUCUGGCACUGUGGAAGUACACUGCAGAAAAGGAUCGUGAAUAUCUCCAAGAUGAGCAGAUCUUCUUGGAAAAUUUGAAGAAGAAAUCCUACAGAUUAUCUUUCAACACAGAUUGACAAAGAUGUGCUGGGCCGUCAUAAAAACCCAAGUUAUUUUAUACAUCAAAUCUUAAAUGUGCCACUACACUUGAAUUUUGUACACACAAAUAAAUGCUUUUUAAUAUU